AGUGUUAUGAUCUAUUCACCAAAUUAUCCUUCAAAAUAUGAUAAUAAUCUGGCCUGUGAUUGGAUUUUUAAGCCGUUUCUGAGUACCCAGCAUGUGGUCUGUGAGGUGUAUGAGGUUAAGUUGGAAAAUGUUAGUGCCUGUACAUCCGAUUACUUGAAAAUAUCUACGUCCAGUGAUCUGGUGCAGUGGCAUGAAGAAGCCAAACUUUGCGAUAGUCCCGACAAGACAUAUACACCGUAUCGCAUCUAUAAUGGUACACCUAAUCUGAAAUUGGAUUUUGUUACAGACGUAUCGAUUAAGGGCAAGGGAUUCGCUGCUCGGAUUAUUACAAAAUGUGGUUCAAAUUUAACCCAAUCGGUGGGUUUCAUAGAGGGAGAGAAACUUCUCUAUGAAACCGAUUGCCAUUGGCGCAUUCGAGUUCGACCGGGCAAACGUAUACUCCUACAGUUUGACUUUGCUCCAGCCAUAGUGAAAAAUCCGCCAGAAUGUCUUGAUUAUGUCUUGAUUUAUGAUGGCAUUGAUAGGCAUGCACCACUCUUGCCACCCGGCAAAACUAUGCAUCCCACAAAAUGUUAGCCAAAUCCAAAUGAAUUCCAGCAGCAAUUAUCUGGCCAUCCAAUACAAGUUAGCCCUGCCCAGACCAAUCAUGUCGAGGCGCUGGAAUCUCACCUAUCGCGAAUACUCGACAUGCAAUGAAGAAUAUCGCUUGAUACCUGAGGCGAACAGCAUCAAUAUUACCUCACCGAAUUAUCCCAAUGUACCACCGCCCCACACGGAGUGUGAGUGGAGAGUAAUGGCACCGCGUGGAGAACUAAUCGAUAUCAAGUUCUUCGAUGAUUUCCACAUGAAUACCAAAUACUGUGACCGGGAGUAUGUUGAGCUAUUCGAUGGUGCCACUGCCUUGGCCAAGAGUUUGGGAAAAUAUUGCCGCACCCCACCGCCCUUGAAAACCACACAGAAUCUAUUAUAUAUCCACUAUCUGACCGAUGUCAGUGAACCCAGGGCCGGCUUCAAGGUACAGCUAUCGAUUGGCAAAUGUGGUGGAACCUUCACAGCCUCGAGUGAAAUAAUUACCUCUCCCGGCUAUCCCCAACCCGGCGCCUAUCCCGCACACAGUGAAUGCGACUACGUCAUCAGCCAACCAGCGGACACUAGAAUACGUCUAAUCCUACUGAACAUAAAUUUACCGUUUAAUCACAAUUUUCCCAAAAGCAAAGAUUAUUUGGAGAUUAUACCCAUAAUUCCAGCCGAGGUCAAUGAAACUAUACCAUCGGUAUUUGUGUUCGGCAAUGCCACAAGGGGAACCCAAAUCGAUUUGAAUGUCAACAAGGCCAUCAUCCGUUUCCAUACAUCUGCCAGAGCCACUCUAUAUCAUGGUUUCCAAAUAAAAUUUAAUCGCUUUAGCGGCCAAUGUCAUCAGGAAAUGGAGGGUGUAUCAGGUCCAAUAACAUUGAGUUUCCCGCGUAGAUCAUUCUAUUCCAGUUACUGUCGUUGGAAAAUGACCGUGCCGAAGGGUUUGAGAGUGCGUUUGGAGUUCCUAAAUAUGGGCGAUUUUGAAGUGCAAAAUGAAAGCAGAUCCAUUAGCUUUACCAUUUACAACGACCAUGAAAUGCAAUCGAAAAUAUUAACCUUCGAUAUGAACAGCUAUGAUCCAAACACCAUAAUUCAGUCCAGCGAUAAUACUAUGCUAGUCAGUAUCUACAUACCCACGAUGACGAUGCCGUAUAGGAGCCUCAAGGCUCACUACUACUCCGACAGCGAGUCAUUUUGUCCGCCAAAUAUUGAUGAAACCAAGCUCGAAGGCCGCAUCGAUAUAGGCGAUUGGCAACCGAACUUCCAGCAGCCCUACUAUUGUAAAGCGAAAAUUAACUUGAAUCCCUCGGAAACAUUGGUGUUCAACAUUAGCCGCUUUGAGCUGAAAACACUUGGCGGAAUGCCGCGUGUGGUCAAUGCAUUGAGUUUUCGUGACAAUUUGGUGAUAGCAAGCUAUAGGGAAAAUCUGACACAGGUCUUGCAUCCACAAUCGCAACCGGUGGGUUUUUGGCAAAUUAUACAAACCGAUUACGAACGAAUUGUCAAGCUAUCCAUGUCGUAUCGGCGUCAUGCUUGCGGUGGCAACUAUGUGGUAAGGGAUGGCCUAACCAUUGAACAGCCGGAUAUACGCGAUAUCGGCUAUGGUGCUAUAAUGUGUGUGUGGAGUCUAAAUCGGCCGUAUUAUUAUGGACGCACAGACGCUGCAUUCCGCUUGGUGGGCAAUUUCACAUUCAGCGAUUCUUGUGAACGUGAAUUUAUCCUAAUCAAGGAGCAAAGAUGGCAAACGGAUGCCGUGAAAAAGCUUUGCCGCGGUGAAGGUGAAGACACCUCACUCGAUUACAAUCUGAAGCAUAGCCGUUCAUUUGUGGUUUACCAGGCGGAAAGUUAUGUAUACUCCAAAACACAAUUCCAUUUUGAGGCCAAGAAAACCAUUGUCUGUGGUUCCAAGACCAUGGUAACUUUCGCCUCAACCCGGGUGGAGGUGGAUCGGCAAACCUAUCGCAAUAAUGAAGAAUGCCUCUGGAUCUUUAAGGCCCAACGAGGUUUCUAUUUGCAGGUGACCUUCUACGGUCGUUUCUUUGUGGAGCACUCGGAAAAUUGUAGCCGAGAUUAUGUGGAAAUACAACAUAAAGAAGAUGGCCUCUGGAUACCAGAUGUUCGCUACUGUGGCAGAGAUCUGCCACCGAUUUACAAUUCCAGCACCAAUCAAAUUCAAAUAAUAUUCCGCACAAAUGAAAACGUAACCGCGGAUGGUUUCUCCCUCUUUGUUCGCAGCCACUGUUCGCUGGUGGUUAAUGUCACCAGUUCGGAGGUGAAAACUAUUUACCGGCCACAAAAUUUGCCAUAUCGCAAUCUAAGAACCCAGUGUGAAUAUAUCUUUCAGUCGAAUGAAAAAGAUAAUUGA